AUGGAAAUGGAGUCAAACGCUAGCCCUUCACACCCUACACGACGUUCGCACCACGUCUCCUCACACUCCAAGUCGACGCCGUCCACCCCUUUCCAUCGACCCGAAUCCCGUUCGCAUUCAAGAGCUUCCCUUUCCCCAGAACCCCCGGCAAAAACCAAUUCGCCCCGUUCGCUACCAUCCGACAAGAGCCACACACCGCCUGCAGGCCGGAAGCAGUACGGAGGUUGUAAAUAUGAGACCGGCAUGCAAAGAGCACGGCGGCGUGUCCCUUACUCCUUGGGGCCAGAGCCCUUGGAAAAGGAUAAGUCCGAGUUAAAGACCAAGUUGACCCAUGAGGAAGAUGAAACACUAACGCAGGACAUGCAAAAGCUCUAUGAAGAACUACAACCAACUGCCGAGAGUGAAGCUCGCCGGUCAAAGUUCAUCGAGAAGCUCGACAAGAUACUGCGGGCAAGAUGGCCAACGUCCUCAAUCAAAGUCAAUGUCUUUGGCUCUACAGGGAACAACCUGGGAACCUCGGAUUCCGACGUCGAUAUCUGCAUCACGACUGAUUGCAGGGAGAUGGAACGGGUUUGCAAUCUCGCAGAGCUGCUGGCAAAACAUGGAAUGGAAAGAGUGGUAUGCGUCUCUUCCGCCAAGGUGCCAAUUGUCAAGGUUUGGGACCCUGAAUUACACGUCGCUUGUGACAUCAACGUCAAUAAUCCGCUGGCUUUGGAGAACACGCAACUGGUCCGGACGUAUGUCAGUAUUGACAACCGAGUGAGGCCAUUGGCCAUGAUCAUCAAACAUUGGGCGAAGCGAAGGAUGUUGAACGACGCUGCCCUCGGAGGCACGCUUAGUUCGUAUACGUGGAUAUGUUUGGCCUUGAAUUUUCUGCAAACAAGAGACCCUCCAAUCUUGCCUACUUUGCAACAACAGCCUAACUUGCAGCAGAAAGAGGUGGCUGGAGUGAAUGUAUCUUUCGAUCGCAACAUCGAGGCUCACAGAGAUUUCGGGAGCCGCAACAAGUCUUCCCUGGGCGAACUUUUGUUUCAUUUCUUCCGCUACUAUGGUCAUGAGCUUGAUUUUGAGCAAAGCGUGGUUUCGGUGCGACUGGGUCGAGUGCUGUCCAAGGUUGAAAAGUCGUGGCACCUUCUCCAGGACAAUCGGCUCUGCGUUGAGGAACCUUUCAACGUAUCAAGAAACUUGGCAAACACUGCUGACGACACGUCGAUGCGAGGCAUCCAUCUGGAGUUACGGCGGGCUUUCGGGUUGCUCGGGGAGGGCAAGCUUGAAAGGUGCUGUGAACAAUUUGUCCAUCCUCCAGAUGAGAUCAAACCCUCGGAGCAUUUUGUGCCACCCUCGGCGCGACCGGUGAUUCCACAACCUCCAACGCAGCCAUCACGAGGAGCUCGGAAUGCAACUCGAGGUGGUAGCAGGAAUCUAAGUCAAAUGGGUAGAAAUCCCCGACGGUCUUCGAAUCCGACCACACGAACCUCCAAUUACUUGCGCAAUCCUCCAUUCCAGAUGACAACUCAUGAGUUGCAACUUCAACAGCAGCAUCAGCAACAUCUCCUGCACGACCAGCUGUUUCAACAAUACCAGUAUCUCCAGCUUCAGGAACAGGAAUUAAGAAUGCAGCUCUAUCAACAAAAUCUUCGGCAAAGAGGGUUGAUGGCUGCUUAUAGUCAACCCACAGGAUAUAGUCAGUUUGUCUCGCAAGAUGACGGCCUUGAUCUUGGUUCUAAUCCACAGGUCAACGGCAUUGGUCGAGCUCCCUUGUCAGCACCACUGUACCAGCACAGCUUUCCUCGAUCGCCGUACCUGUCUGCAAGCCAACCGAGCCAAGGUGUUUCAACGAACCCGCCGUCACCGAGACUGAAUUCGGUGCUUCCGGACAAUCGAAGGUACUCGCGCCGAACGUCUGUAACACAAUCAUCCACAGGAGGCUCCUUGCGAGCUCAGUCGCAACCUGCACGGGCAGUUCCAGUCUCUUCUUUGGGACACUUGCAGCGGCCUGAUAUCGCAAGCCUUCAGGAUUCUGCUAUUGGACGGAGAUCGUCCUCAUCUUCAACAUCGCAAGAACCGUAUACUGCCUAUAUGGAGAAUGCCUACGGUAUGAUUGGACCAAUCUAUGAUCCAGUACGAAGGCCCGCCGAAUAUCUGGGAUAUUACGUCGGUCAAUCGCCGUCGCUGUCUGCUUAUACUCAGAGCACGGCGAUUUCUCCCAUCCCUUCACACAUUGGCCUCGCCAUCCAGAAUGGAGGCCUAUCUCCACGACUUGCUCCAACAUCGACUCGACCUUCUGGGACCAUGCAAACUCCCCCGCUCCAGACGAUUUCUACUGCCACAGUCGAGACGCAUCCGGAACCAGAUCAGGGACCGAGGAAUGGUGAUGGUGGCAAUACUGAAUCAGACCUAUCGAGGCCUAGGACAGGCCCGUUAAUAGUGGAUGGGUCGAUCAAUUCGCCGCUGCGGAGGCGCACGACCCAUUCCUUCAACGAUCCCGAGGACCAUAUCAGUUUCAGCGCAUCCACAUCGGAGGACUUGGCCUUCGACACCCCCUCAAGCUCAGAUGAACAAUCCCAAGACGCUUUUGAGUGCAGUGCACAUGGAAAGAUUUCGCCAAUCAGUCCCAGCCAGACACGAAAUCAUGCUCAGCAUCCAAACGGUGCUCCAGAUUUUGUGAAUGGGCAUCAACCACCGAGAGCAACGGGAAAGAGUUCAAAGGAAGAGCGGCAGGUUCCAGUGGCCAAGGCAGGGGAGUCGUUGGGGAUGACCGUCCUGAAUACGAUCAAGAAAGCGGGCAGCCCAGCAUGGUCUCUUGAUCGGCAACUUUCCUCCGUGGAGGAAGUACGCACUCCUUCUCCCAGGGUUGAGACAUUCAAUGGGGAGGGCUCUUUUCCCAAGCAGAGCAAGGGUCACACCGGCCAGGAUGAGCGCUCAUCCAAUGGUCAGACAAUGUUGGCCAAUGGCGAAGAACGUGAUUUUGCAAGACCGCUUGCGUCAAGAACCAACGGGACUGCGGGAUCCUCGGGUCAUGGACCCAGUUCAGCGCCGAAUGCCAAUGUACCUAGCGGCUGGCAAAUGCAAAAGAAGAAGAAAAAUAAGAGAAAGACGGUCAAAUCAGAAAACGAUGCGCAGACGUCGAAUCUUGCCUUGGGAGAAAUACUACCUGCCGACGAGUCCCUCCGGAAAGGCGGCUAG